UUGUGAUUGGUCGGCUAGCGGCUCGCGCUGUGUGGAUGCUGCGGACGUAAGGUUUUCCAAGCUGGAGCGGCCGGAGCAUCUGCCUGCGGGUGUCACCCAGCGUUAUCGCCUCACAGCACUGAAACACUGCUUUUUGGGAAUAUAACAAAGGAGGUGGAAUCAUGUCUGCCGGUCCAGCGACGGUGCGCAUCCUCAUAAAGGGAGGCAAAGUGGUGAAUGAUGACUUUACCCAGGAAGCGGACGUGUACAUUGAGAAUGGCAUUAUUCAGCAGGUUGGCAAAGAGCUGAUGAUCCCAGGUGGUGCCAAGGUGAUAGAUGCCACAGGCAAGCUGGUGCUCCCGGGGGGCAUCGACACCAGCGUUCACCUGCAGGAGAGCUUCAUGAACGCCACCACUGCCGAUGAUUUCUACAGUGGCACCAAGGCUGCUCUGGCUGGAGGCACGACAAUGGUGUUUGGUCACGUGUUGCCCGAGAAGAACGAAUCCUUGCUGGAUGCCUAUGAGAAAUGCCGAUCUCACGCUGAUGCCAAGACCUGCUGUGACUAUGCUCUUCAUGUUGCUGUGACUUGGUGGAGUCCCAAGGUGAGGGCUCAGAUGGAGUCACUGGUGAGAGAAAAAGGAGUGAACUCCUUCCAGAUGUACAUGGCUUACAAGGACGUGUACAUGCUGAGGGACAGCGAGCUGUUCCAGGCCCUGCAGCACUGUAAGGACAUCGGAGCCAUAGCCCGUGUACACGCUGAGAACGGAGAGCUGGUGGCCGAGGGUGCCAAAGAAGCGUUGGAUCUGGGCAUCAGUGGACCAGAAGGCAUUGAGAUCAGCAGGCCUGAAGAGCUGGAGGCAGAGGCGGUGCACCGAGCGAUCACCAUCGCCAACAGAGCUCACAGUCCUAUAUACCUGGUCAAUGUAUCCAGCAUGUCAGCAGGAGAUGUUUUGGCCUCGGGGAAGAUGCACGGUAAAGUGGUGCAUGGGGAGACCACCACUGCCCAUGCUGUUAUAAACGGACUGCAGUACUACCAUCAGGACUGGGCCCAUGCUGCUGCCUAUGUCACUGUUCCUCCCCUGAGGCUGGACCCCAACACACCCAACUUCUUGCUCAGCCUGCUGGGAAGUGACACUCUGAAUGUAGUGACCUCAGACCACCGGCCCUUCACCACCAAGCAGAAGGCCAUGGGCAAAGACGACUUCACUAAGAUCCCUCAUGGAGUGCCUGGUGUGCAGGACCGCAUGAGUGUCAUCUGGGAGAAAGGAGUGGUUGGAGGAAAGAUGGAUGAAAAUCGGUUUGUUGCUGUCACAAGCUCUAACGCUGCAAAGAUCUACAACCUGUACCCCAGGAAAGGCAGGAUCAUCCCAGGAGCCGAUGCUGAUGUGGUGGUCUGGGACCCUGACGCAACCAGAACCAUCUCUGUGACCACGCAGUGGCAGGGAGGAGACGUGAAUCUGUAUGAAGGUCUGCGCUGUCAUGGUGUGCCGCUGGUCACCAUCAGCCGUGGCCGUGUUGUCUUUGAAAACGGCAUCUUCACCUGUGCUGAGGGUUCUGGAAAGUUCUACCCACUCCGGACCUUCCCAGACUUUCUCUACAAGAAGAUGGUGCAGAGGGACAAGUGCCAGGCUCUGAAGGGAGUGGACCGUGCUCCCUACACAGGUGAAGUGGCUGCAGUGCAGAAUACAGGGAAGAAGGAGGCGGCCCCUUCAUCUGGGGACAUGACCCCGCGACCCUGCACUCGUCACGGAGGAAUGAGAGACCUGCAUGAGUCCAGCUUCAGCUUAUCUGGUGUCCAGAUUGAUGACGACCUUCCAAAGAGAUCUUCCCAAAGGAUUCUGGCUCCUCCUGGUGGUAGAUCCAGUGGCAUAUGGUAACAUCAGCUGCUGCUAUUUUUGGAGCCACUGAAUAACUAAACCGCAAACUAAACACCUAAUAUUAUCUGAUGAUUUCACAUUGACCAAAAUUUAUUUAACCCUUGUCACUUUGCUAUUAGCAUAAUUAAAUGUCCAUGUUAAUGAUUUCAGGAAAAAAAAGGGGGUUAUUUUGAAGGAAAAAACGGAAAACAAGGUAUCUGUGUGGUUUUUAGAUCCUGUGUGAGAGAUGUUGGUAUUGAUGAAUUACACUAGCAUUGAUUAAUCUGGUCUUGGUGUCAUAUAGUUCAUUUGGUAAAGGUGCAAGCAAGUUCUCCUCUGAUCCUCUCUACUUCACUUUAUAUCACUAUAGUCAGAACAGCGCACUGUGAUAUGCAACAGUUAAAGGAAUACUUAAGAGUUUUUUUCAACCUGAUCUCUAUCCACCACACCAGUUUGCUGUUAUGAUAUUCCCAUGGACAAGAAUGUUGUGAGUACUCUCAUUUCCCUGUACUGAGAAAAAGAGCAAAAAAAUGUUUUGCGUAAACCUUUACUGAUGCUCCAACAACUGCCCUUAGACGCUGAUUUUAACUCGGUUUCGUGAAAACAGUUUUUCUGUUGUUUCCUCGAUACAGGGAAACGUUGAAUCUAUCAUCAGCCGCACAUACUCUGUUCAUGUAUUGAUGAUUGAUUAGGUUGUAAAAAUGCUCGAAUAUUCCUUUAAAAGAUGUAUAAAUUUGGCAGACAAUUUGAACAAACGUUACAGUACUGCAGCUAAUGGAUGUGGGACGAUGUAUUAUUAUAUAUUUUGCCACAUUUUUAAAUUAUUUGGGCACAUGACUAUGUGUUUACCUCAGUGUUUUAUCUUUGGAAUUGCACUUAUGUACAGUACUACCCUGCCUCUCCAUUUGUUAAACUGUACAUCUGUUGUGGUAAUCAAAUAACACAUUAAAAAAAAAGAUGCUUCUAUAUUGCAGCCUCAGUAUCGCUUUUGUAUUUUCAGUGUGUAUAUUUAAUUAUUUUUUUCUUUCACAUGCCUGUUGACUUGGAUGAUUCAAAAGCAAGUUAAAAUCAAAUCUAGUUAAUGCCACAGCUAUGAUUUAGCCAGAGACUGUGUAUGUUCAUAUUGGUUUAUUGGUUUAUUAUUCUAUUGUUUCAGCAUUUGUUUUCCCCACAUGACUUGGUGAGUGGCAACAGUGGUGUGUCCCUGUGCGGUAGACUUGUGUUGUGUUGCUGAGUGUUAUCAGUAGCUAUUCAUUCUUAGAUUUGCCGAGAGUGUUUAUGGUCAAGUAACAUAGUAAUGUACCUCCCAUAAAUGUGAACCAAUAUGAAUGCCAUGUUUACAGUGUCACAUAUCAGGAUUGAUUUUCUCAGUUAAAUCUGACCGUGUCAUGUUUAUGUAAUUGCCUGGAAUUGCCUUUUUGAGUUCACAGUCACAUAACACCAGUAAUACUAAAAAAAAUAUAUCUAUGCGUUUUCAAAUUGUGUUAAACUUAACAUAUUUUUAAUUCUUUUGAGACUUGGUUAAAUGUUGGAGAAUGGAUGUAGGCUUUUAACGAUCACAAAAAAAAACUACUUCUUAACAAGUCAGUUUAUUAUGAUUUGGUAUUGUGUGUUGCCCAAUAUAAAAAAAAUAACACCUGUAACAUCUGUAAAUGUUUCGAAACUCAAACACUUAAACCCCAGUCAGUGAAUGAAUAACCCCUGAAAAUGGCCAGAUAGCUCACAAACAUACUGAAGUGCUAGAGUAAAAGGAGAUUUAUUUCUAGCGUGUCUUUUACUGGUUCUGUUACUACUCCCGUCAGUAGUUCGGCCGUGUUGGGAGACCCCACUGUAGAACACAUCUGUAACAGAGAAACCACAGUAAAGAUGUCAUAGUGAAACAGUCCAACAGAUACACUAGGAUUUCUCUAUUGGUGCUGAAUAUUCAUGUGUGUGGAUGUUUUUGUUUCCUUUUGGAACAUUUCUCUUGAUGUUUCUCGACCGUCUUUUUUUAAUAUAUACCAUAUAUUAAAUGUAUGUAUGCACUAGAAGUGUAUGUGUUAUGUUCCUCUCAAAAGUUCAAAUAAACCCUGUCCAACCUUGUACGGUA